AUGCGCAGGCACUGGCCAUGGCUUGAAGAAUUCAUGCAUCAACACAAACUUUCCAUUAACGGAGCAGAAUUUACGAGACAUUCUUUAAUGAUGCGUGACCUCUACAUUAAAUUCCUUUACCACACGUAUGUCCGUAGUAUUUUUUUUAUCAAGACCUUUAGGGUUGGACAGAGGACUCCAAUCACUGGUGAUUUUGCACAGAAAAUGCUGAAAUUUGGCACAGAAACUGCUGAUGAUCGUGCUAUUGAUAGUACUAACGGCACGUCAACAGCGAUUGUUUCUUCGUUGCCUCCAGAAUCACUCGUUUCUAAUCCGUCACAGAAUUUUCCACCCACAUCUUCAAAGGCCAAUCUUCCGCCCAAGUCGAAAUUCCAUCAGAACUCGGAUGACUUUUUGCGUUUGGCGAAGUGGAAAAUAAAUGAUUUAAGUUUCCUUGUUGGUUCGGACCUAGCAAUAUUUGGAACUAAGCUACAUCCCUGUAUCAGCUUGCGACUGAGCCCCCUUCACGAGCCCAUCAACGUGCUGACCGGGAUCGACAUGUGGUUGGAGAACAUUCUCAAUGAAGUGCCGGAAGUGGCGAUGUGCUUUCACAAUGAGGGAAUUGUUAUGCAGGAGUAUGAGUUGUACAAAACCGCCGACCUACCCAAGCUAGCCGGUUUUCAAAAAGACCACGUUAUUCGCAUCCUUAAUAACCUAGUUAUGUUUUUUAAAAACAAUGCUACACAGGAAGGGCACACCUAUUGGCUUGUAAAAGAGGCUGGAUUCGAUGUAGUCAAGCUGUAUGAUCUAACUGUACUUUGUGAGAAAUCAGAAAUGCCUGUUGUUGAAGGACAGGUGGAAGAGACGGACAGUGGGGACUGGAACUCAAACGGAGUGAAUCCUUUUAUUCUACCAGUGGCAACCCUCUGCUUCAAACUGGCUGAGCAUCGAGUGCGUCAACGCGACCUAUAUCUAAAGCGCCAAGCCUCUAUUGGCGUCAGUAAUCCUCAGAAAGUUGAUUCUCCACAAGAUGAUAUGGAUAAUUAUGUAAAGGACCUGCGUUCAUUUCUGACUGAUGUGUUGCGCCUACUAAAAAACUGCCUCAAUCUAAUUACGACAAUUGAAAAUGGGGAGGGCGACGUUUUUGAGUGGGAGCAGCCUUUGCCGGGCUCAAGAUCGACCUCGCCGAGUCGACCACCACCAAUCAAACCCUACGCGGACCUAAAGUCAAGAGCUCUGCUCUUGCUUUGUCGACUGUACCUGUCAACCCCUCCGGAAGAUAUUAUUGCUUGUGCUUCGUCGGUGCUAAAACCCACACCUCCUGGACCAGAGGCAAGUGUUAUUUCAACGAUACAGGUGGUGAGUGUGAACGUGGCCGAAUUCGCCUCGGAGGCUGGGGUUUCCGCUGAUUCGACUGACGCCGUCUACCCGCCCGUAUCCGACAGCGCAAAGUCGCCAUCGUCGGCGAGACGCCAAGCCACCACCACCUCGCUUCUGGGUGACUCCAUCAUUGAAGCCUUCCGUUCUCCCCAAACAGACCGCGUGUCCAUCCUUGCUAUGACGCUUGCAGAAACAGUGCACCCAAUGCUCCCCGGUGUCGGGGUUAACAUCGACGUCGGCGAUCCGAUCACUUCGGCCGAUUUCUGGGGCACCCAGCCCAUCGGUGCUCCAAGAGGUGGUCGGUUGGAAAUUGUGCCCGGUGGGGAAGAGCGCUGGGUCCACAGACGCAAAGUGGCCGGCGAAAUGUUGCCGCUCCUGCUUGCAAAAUAUGCCCUCACUCGCGCCAGCCGACUGUGGGCCAGAGUUUUCGGCUCCGGGGCGUCUCCCGCCAGUCUCAAUCAGACCAGUGCUUUUCGCCUCUACGAGUGCGCUCGACUGUCUCUCAUGUCACUUGUACUCUUUGAGCAUCUCGCAGCGGAUGAAGCUAGAGAGGGAAAAGAACCAAGCACGGAGCCCGUGUGUAGGUUCUGUCAUCGUGCCUCACAAGUAAGCAGACACCCCCAUUCAGAAUACCUGGUUCGUCAACUCCCAAUGGCCGCGCGUCGACUCUAUGUGCUAGUCAUUCAUGGAUUGAACGACGCGCGCAAACUUGGGGCCCAGCUAUCUAUUCCUUCACCUAAUUCUGCUAGGUACAAUUCGGAGGAUCCUAAUAAUGUGCUGAUGCGCCCGACUCUCGAGCACAUCUGUCCCGAAGGCUCACGUUUCAUGUCUCCCGUUUUACAAGCUGUUGUCUUGGGGCCAACGCAUCAUGAACACGUCUGCUCCGAGACUGAGUCUUGCGACUUUUCAGACCCUCGGGGAUGCGUUCUCACAUGUUGGUUGAGUGCACUCGACCUAGCAGCCCACUGUCUACAUCGCCUGCUCCCCCUUACCUUGACCUCCACAGACUCCCCCUCCUCCACAAUGGCCAGCUUCGGAUUACUGCAAGACUUCACCGCCCAAUUGCCCAUCACCAAAGUUCCCCAAUACCUUCCGCUCACACUUAACGACUACAUGUUUGCUCUUCGUCGUUACCUUGAACAUUUUCCGUCUAUGGAGUCGUUAAUCAAAGUUGCCAUUGUCAAAAUGCCAGACCUCAUAAGACCGCCACAGGAAUAUACAGAAGUAAACGGUCACGUGCUACCUCCAGUUCUCCCUUUGCUGCGGCUGGCAAUUGACGCAUUAGCACCUGGUUUCACUGCAUUCAGCGUGGACCAAUGUUCACAGGCUGAUUUGGGCUUGCUAAGUAGCAUGACCAAUGAUGUGCUUCGGACAGCUACUGAAUAUUCAGCUAUUGGUAAUAUUGAAUUCUAUCGGUCUGAGGUUCCGCAACUAUGGUUGUUAGACCAUAUUGCUUCAGUCCUCCGUGCAGUUCAGAAGUUAGUACCUUUCCAAUUGAAUAGUCUCCUGACAACCGAUCUCCUGGAGCCAGGAGGAACCAGCACUCGUCGAAAGUCUGCGGCAGGCGACAUCUGUUAUCGAUUACUUAAUGAAGGAUACCUAAGUCCGAAGGCCAUCCGUGGCAUCAUAUUCUUUCGCCUCCAUGUUGUCAAAAAUGCGAUUUUGUUAAUGCAGUAUUCUGAGGCAACCAGUUGCCCUGAAUCUACUGUAAGGCAAGACAGAACAACUCACUCGUCCAGUUUACUCGGGCAAAUGCGAGUGUCUCUUGCGUGGCUCAACAAACACCUCGCCAUUUGUUGUAGUCAUCAGUCAAACACAGCGGAGGCAUUCGAUGGUGUGGACGUGACUGAAGAUAGUCUGCUUUUCGUUUCAGUUGUUACUAGCAUCGUCCAACUGCAAAGCGCUCACAUAGUGGUACUCUCAGAAGCCGGAAUAACACAAGUACUUAGGGAUGCCGUCGCGUCCUUGCCUGUAAUCAGGAUUCUUUGUAAUUGGCUUUCAUCUGCUGAUGGAGAAAGAAAACGUGAGUGUGAAAAUGAUACUCGAGUGGAGCUCGCCUACACUCUUUUUCAACUGGCCACCUCCUUGGAUUCCCUCUUCGCCGGUCUUUACACGAAGGUUUUGGAUGGCGUCCUUGGACGAAAGGGCCGUAGCCGACGGAAACGAGGCGGAAACAGUACGGUUGGCAACGAUUCUGACUCAUCUAACAACAAACUUGAGUUGUUGGCUAAACUAAUUCGUAGUGUAUCCUUACACAGAAACAAAGAGGAAAUGUGUAAUCGGCACACCUCCAUCGAUGCAGAAAGUUGGGCAAACUGUGUACAGAUUCAACUAAUUGCAGUUGAACAGUAUCUAUGCCCGAGGUGA